AUAUCGUCAUAUCGUGACAACCCUACUACCCACAACCCCGCGCGGCAACAACAUGGCCGCCCCCAUGCCACCCUGCUAAUCCGCGACUGAGCUGCUCGCGUUGAUGAGGCCGAAUAGGGGUUUACCACGUCGCCAUUGACGAUGAUGAGUUACACACGGGGGCUGUCGUCCCUGCUCGCUGGGGUCUGGACCCGCACCGCUUCAGCCGUGACAGGGCCCGUGGGGGUCCCUUCACGUCACAGCACGGGGCCCCAUGCUGCCACCGUCGUGGUCGUCGCCUGCAGGAGCGUGUUCAUCGGCCGCGCAGCGCUGCAGAAGCACCGGCUCUCCAGGGCGCAGCCCGACACAGACAGCUCGAGCGCCGGCAGCAGAGUCACAAGCGACGACGAAGCUCACCAACGGCUGCAGCAACAGCAAUAUGAGAAGCAGCAGCAGCAGGAGGAGAAGAGUCAGCAGGAGGAAGAGCAGCAGCAGCAGACUCAAAAUCAGCAGCAACAGCAGGAGCAUCAGGAGCUUGCGAUGAAGCAGCAGCAGAAGCAAUAUUAUUGGAGCAAAGAGUCGACAGAGGGCCGCGCUGACACCGAUACCUCCGCUACCUCUCUCGCCAUCUACGAGCACCAUUUUGCUGAGGCGGCCGCGGCGGCCGCGGCGGGGCAUAGCGGCCGCACCAAGGCGGCGUUCACGAGCGUCAUCGAGUCAUUCUGCCGGGACGACCCACGCCGCCGCGGCCACGUGGACUUCGUAUACGCGGCACUGCGGUGCAUGCGCGACUACGGCGUGCACCGCGACAUCGCCGUCUACAACCGCCUGCUCGACAUCAUCCCCAAGGGGGUGUUCGUGCCGCGCAACGUGAUCCAGCGCACGUUCAACCACUACCCGCGCCAGCAGCAGUGCGGCAUCGCCGUGCUCGAGCAGAUGGAGAACUAUGGCCUGAUGCCUGACAAGGAGACGCGGUCGCUGCUCAUCCAGAUCUACGGGCAGCUAAGCCACCCGUACCGCAAGUAUCGCCGCAUCCUCUACUGGUUCCCACGCAUGAAGCACAUGAACCCGUACCCUGUGCCCGUGACGCUGCCCAGCGACCCGGUCACCCUCGCCUCGCUCGCACUCACGCGCAUGGCCGACGACCUUGACGCCAAGGUCACCGUCUACCAGAGUUCGUACAAUGAUGUCACAGAAGACGGCCGUGACGUGACCAAGCCCUACAUUGUCGGCAUCCAGACUCCCGAUCAGCAGGAGUUGUUGUCGCGGCACCGCCCCGAGCGGCCCGUGUACGUGGAGGGGCCGUCGCGCCUGUGGCUGCGUGACACCAACGUCUCCUACUACGUGCUCCGCGGUGACCCCCUCGCACCCCACGAGAAGAACCCCCCCGUCGACCCCGAGCGGAGCCUCUACUACCCCCUGCAGCUUGACCUUGACCUGACCCUCGACCUCGCCGAUGACUUUUCCUUCGAUGUUCAGGAGGUGGAGGAGGGCCCCGUUUUUGCCAUGUGCAUGGUGGGGCGUGGUGACCAGGCCACACUAGGGCACUGGCUCUCGGGCCUGCAGCUCUCCAAUCCUGUGUUGGGCCGCACGCCCAUCAUAUUCCGUCUGGAGAGCACGCCCAGCGACCUCGUGCCGGGCGGUGGGAGCCACGGGGGACGAGGGAACGACAGCGAAGGGGGUCCCGGUGAAGAGCGGACAAAGUGACGCCGAGGGUCGGAGGAGCCUCAUCUCGAGAGCACGGGAGCCGCUACCGAUCGGUCAUGGCCGACGGCACCGUAAAGAGGGAGAACUUCUUAGUGGUUGCUGACGGAGGCAUCCGGCCAAAUCGUGCCACCAGCACCACCACUGCGCUUGCCACGUGGUUGUGUACCACGCACCGGGUCGCCCAGCCCCCAUGACGCCUGCGCGGUGGCGCCGUGCACCAGCCACCACCGCUGCCGCCUCCUGUUGCGAGAUUUGCGAUGCCCCUGGUUGGAAGUGGGUUUUGGAGGUCCCGUGCGGCUGGCGACGUGGGCUCGUGGUGGCACUAACAUACGUGUGGACCUGUAAAGCCACAGAUAAGCCAGCUUGCUAAAGGGGCUGACUACGGUGGAAUGAAAUAAAAUACAAACGAAAAAUAAUGUAAGCUUAUUCUUUGGGUCUUUCGGUAAAGUCACGUAGAUAGGUUCAAAGAAAAGAACAAAAAAUAACAAAAAACUACGACGUUUCGAUCGCAACGCAAGCGUUCGUCAUCAGGAAGAGGGGAAGACAGCUGCUAAAAAACGACACAAGCUCUUCACCGAGGUCUUUCCCACUGCACAACCGAGUCGUGCCGGGGCCGUGCCAAUCCAGCUCGGUACGAAUCAAGAGGCCACUGAGUUGUGUUUCCACCGCAGAAGUCUUGAGUAGUGCCGCCGACGUCACUCACAGAGGGAACAAAGUCGAGGCGCGCGUAGGCGGCGCCGUGACGUUGCGUUUAAGUUGUUCACCGACUUUGCGCCGUCACAAACGAUGAUCACGUCAAUAUGCCCCUGUGGCAUCGGGUGACGUCACUUUUGCGACGAUGAAGAUGCGUUCAUUUAUUCCGUAUUGGUGAUCGGAACGAGAUCCAAAAUUGUCCUUAAAAAUCCGAACAAAACUUGCGUGGGUUAUGUGUUCCUUUCAACAAUUAAGCAGAACCUUGCACAAUAGGACAAUGGGCCAGAUUGUUAUAGGGUUGUAUUUUAGUGAUACAUCAACUCGAAAUAUAUUGUUGGCUCGUGAGUGUAAAAAUAUAAUUUUAAUCUAAAUUAAAAUGUAUUUGAAACCUC